AUCAUUAGCGAGGAAGACCCUCUUAUCACCAUCUGCCCCCACCCCCAGCAUGGGACGUAAUUCAUUUCUCUUGGUCAUUCCAGUCCCUUUCAUCCUGGGUUGCAUUCCUGCUUUUAGUCUUAUUUUGUCAUCUGGUUAAUUUACAUCUCUUUAUGCUUGGGCCCCUGAAGAAUGUCUGAGAGCCUUUGGAGAAGUGAGAAUUGAAACUCUGUUCCUCUAUGUCGAGCUGUAUACUAUUCACAACACAGUUGCUGACAACUUCAAGUGCAGAACUUCGAGAUCAUGAAGGAAAGAAACAGAAAAUUCAAUCCUCAGUUUUGUUGUAACCCUUGCAUGCUAAUUUUAUUAGGGAAAUAGCCAUUGAGAAACCAAAGCUUGUUUCACGGGAAAUGCAAGCCAUGACGACUAGGGAGAGGCAGAGAGAGCUAUAAAUUAAAGACUUCAGCUACUCAUUUAGCACAUGCUUCCUGGCUCCUUGCCCUGUCACCUCUGUCUUUCCAGAAACCAGGUAAGUUCCUUCUGCACCAACUCAAGAUUUCUGUGUUAUGAGAGCCCCCAUGUUUGUUAGUUUGAAAGAAGUACUUUUUUGGGUACUAAUCCCAAGUACCUAAUUUGCCUUGGGAUGGUUUUGUUUAAUUCAGUGUUUACCCAGCUGUGACAAUGUUAUCUUGUCUGACAGUAAGUUAAUUCAUUUUAUUUUUGAGUGAACCUGCAAGAAAUCCUUGCAAGGAAACGUGGGAAUGAGAUGGAAGUUUAAACAGCAGAUGUAAGAUCCUGCUGGAAUCAUCAUGGAUUCGCUGGCCCCAGCAAGUGCUUGGUUUGGGUUGGAUCUUUUCAAAGACCUGAGUAAAACGGAUGAAGGCAACGUCUUGUUUUCACCUGCGGGCAUCUCAACCACCAUCGGAAUGCUGCCCCCGGUGGCCCCGGGGGCCACUGCCACCCGGCUGCAGGAGUUAGAGAAGACAGAAGAGGUACAUCGCCAGUUCCAAAGGGUUUUGAGUGAGAUAAGCAAACCCAAUGAUGAUUAUGAACUGAAAAUAGCCAAUCGGCUGUUUGGAGAAAAGACAUACCUCUUCCUUCAAAAAUACUUAGAUUAUGUUGAAAAACAUUACCAUGCUUCUCUGGAACCUGUUGAUUUUGUAAAUGCCGCAGAUGAAAGUCGAAAGAAGAUUAAUUCCUGGGUUGAAAGCCAAACAAAUGAAAAAAUAAAGGACCUGCUUCCAGACGGCUCUUUAAGCAGCUCCAUCAAGCUGGUGGUGGUGAAUGUAAUUUAUUUUAAAGGGCAAUGGAACAGGGAGUUUAAGAAAGAAAAUACCAAGGAGGAGGAAUUUUGGCUGAAUAAGAACACAAGCAAGCCUGUGCUGAUGAUGACACAGCGCCAGUCCUUUAGCUUCAAGACCCUGGAGGAUGUGCCAGCCAAAAUUCUGGGCCUUCCGUAUCGAGACCAUGACCUCAGCAUGUUCCUGCUGCUGCCCAAUGACGUGGGCGGUCUGGAGAAGAUUAUAGAUAAAAUAACUCCUGAGAAGUUAAUAGAGUGGACUAGCGCGGGGCGUAUGGAAGAGAGGGCCGUGGACUUGCGCUUGCCCCGGUUCCGGGCGGCGGGCAGUUACGACCUGGAGGCCGCCUCCGCGGGGCUGCGCGCCGCCGGCCUCGCGGGGAGCCCCGGGGGCGCCGGGCUGCGGGCCCACAAGCUGCUGCACAGGGCGGUGCUGGAGGUGACCGAGGCGGGCACGGAGGCUGCGGCCGCCACCGCUGUGGGCUUCGCCGUCACGGCGGCCCCAGACUGGGAACGUUUUCACUGCAAUCACCCUUUCCUGUUCUUCAUCAGGCACAACGAGUCCGACAGCGUCCUUUUCUUUGGCCGAUUUUCUUCUCCUUAGCACAGUCCCUGCCUUGGUGAACAGCCGCCGCCACCUGUGCUGGGGUGUUCAUAGGCUUAUGGCAACAGCCCGCUCUUUAAAAAAUUGUUUUACUUGAAUUCCAGCCUUACCAUCAAAAUCAAUGAUUAAUGACUGCAAUAUUUACAAAUUUCUCUGAAACUGAAAUGUUUUGUUUGUGACGUGCGGAUAGCAAGUCAAAUCAAGGCUCCUUAAUAGGCUUCCACUGAUUUCCUCUAGGAAAUCAAUGCUUUGUACUUUUGUGCACUAAUGGAGAGAAACAGUCUCUUUUGUGAAGACCGUGGACUAGUGAUUUUGAGAUUCCCACCAGUUUCAAUAUUUUGGUAGUUUAUAACACAGGAGUAAAAGAAAACAAAGAUUUAUAUUCAGUUCA